UCAAAAAUUGUCUGAAAUUUGAGGCUUUAUCUAUUUAAAUUAUUACCGAUAUACUUUUAGUUCGACUGCAGAUGCAACAAGCAUGUUGUAAAAUUUUCAGUAUAGUUUAACCAAAAGUACAAUGCUCAACAAGAAAACAGACGAGGCAAAGGAGGAGCCAAAGCCUGCCAAGCAGCGCAGAUCGAAGCGUAUAUCCCGUGACGAGAAUCGCGGCCAAUGGAAAUCAAAAGCUGAAUUUGUGCUCUCGCUCAUCGGCUAUGCCAUUGGCAUUGGCAAUGUCUGGCGUUUUCCCUAUCUGUGCUACCGCAGUGGUGGCGGCGCAUUUUUGGUACCCUAUCGGUAA